GGUCCAAAGAGGAUUUGAAAAACAAUAUAAACUGGCUGGAAAUCAACCAUACAUCUGGCUCUAGAAAAAUUCAGCAGCAUAGUACAGGGUCAGCAUGUCCUGGUUCUUACCGACAACAUUGCUGCCAAGGCCCAUGUCAACAGACAUGGGGGGGACAAGGUCCAGGCCUCUCAUGCAGGAGGCCCAGUUGUUGGGGUCUUGGGCGGAGUUGAAUCUUGCUUCCAUCAGGGCGGAACACAUAUCCGGAGUGACCAAUCAACAGGUGGACUCAUUGAGCAGAGCUACUGUGGACCAUGCCGAAUGGCGACUGGACCCAAGAGUGUUCAGGGAGAUCGUGGACAGGUUUGGUUCCCCAACCUUAGACCUUUUUGCCUCCCCAUCCAACUCCCAACUCCCAAGAUUCUUUUCCAGGUUCCCGUCUCCGACAGCGGAAGCAACAGAUGCUCUCCGCAGCCCCUGGCCCAGGGAACUGCUUUAUGCCUUUCCUCCCUUACCACUUCUUCCCGCCACAAUCCGGAAGACACUAUACGAACAGGCAGAGGUCAUCUUAGUUGCAUCACACUGGCCGAGAUGUCCGUGGUUCGCCGACCUGAUGGAGCUCUCCAUCUCCCCUCCGUGGAGGAUCCCAGCAGGGCGUAUCUCCCUCACUCAGGGGGAACUACAGCACCCAGACCCGCAGUGGCUCCAGCUAACCGUUUGGCACUUGAGAGGUGGGCCUUAAGCCGAGACUCAUAUUCAUCAAGGGUGAUAGCUAUGAUUCAACAAUCCAGGUGCCCCUCAACGAAUAGGAUAUAUGAUGCCACUUGGAGGAGCUUCUGCACUUGUUGCUCAGGUCACAAGGUUGAGCUAUCGGCUAUCUCCGUGCCGAUUGUAUUGGAAUUUCUGAUGGAUGGGUUGGACAAAGGGCUAUCCCCAAACACCAUCCGUAGACAGGUAGCAGCGCUUGCUACGGUAAUUACAUGUGAUAAUGCCGUUCCCCUGGCACUUCAUUCCAUGGUUCGUUCCUUCUUAAAAGGAGCAACCAACAUCAAGCCACCGAAGGUACAUCGAUACCCCUCGUGGGACCUUCACCAGGUCUUACAGGCACUCGUUUCAUCGCCCUUCGAGCCUAUUGCCACAUGUUUGCUUAAACUGUUAUCUAUGAAAGUGGCAUUCCUUGUUGCAAUAACAUCAGCCAGGUGAAUUUCCGAACUGGCCGCUCUUUCAGUCAGAUACCUGUGUAUUUUCCAUGACAACAAGGUAACUCUCAGACUAGACCCUUCCUUUAUGCCCGAGGUAAAUUCC